UAUUGUUUUUCAUUUAAUGCUGGACUUAGUUUUGCCUGUUUUUGCUAUACCUUAUGUUAAACCUUUUACUAACUUUAGCUUUUCAUUUCAAUUAGAUUGUCAAACCUUAAAACUGUUUUUAAAAAUAGUACAGUUGAAUUAACAUCUCUUUAGCAUAGUGUCAAUGAAAGUGAAAAAAACAAAGUGUAUAAUGCAAGUGAAACACGAGUAAGCCAAUUGACCAAUAAACAAUGUUUGCUAAAAUUAGCCACUAAAACUAAUGAUAAGACCAGACCGCCUGAAUUGAGCAAUGGUGGAUUAACUGCAAUACCUUCAACGUUUUUAUUUGUAACAGAAAUACAGGUUCUGGUAUUAAUUAUUUAAAAACGUGCAUAGAUAUUCUUCAAAUGUCCCUUUCAUUUAAGGUGCGUAUUAAUAUUGCAGGUAGCUGAAAAGGGAUCGCAGGUGCCUUCAAGUGUCACCCAGCCUAUCAGAACUGACCGGAACUAUCUCUUUCUGAACCAUUUGGAUCAUCUGCAGCAUAAUACAAACCUCUGUUGAAAAGUAGCUGUGGAGGAGACACACAACCACCGAGCUCAAAUGGAGGGUGAGAGACAAGGCGGAGAGCACUGUGGACACUGGCAGCAAGACGGCCCAGAUAUGAGCGGGGAUCAACCAGGAGGUGGACUGGGGAGACUCCUUUACUGCCGCCUGUUGAGACUGGAGCUGGAAAAUCAAAAUGACCGAUAAAACCGACAUGAUGGCCGAUAAAAUCCCAAGUAAGGACAGCACUAUGAGAGACCGCUGGCUGUACUGGAGCGUCAUCGUUUGUCUUCAAAUUCAGGCGCUUUCUCCCGUGAAUUCAGUUUCGCACAACUUUAAAUACACUUCUCCGGCGAUCCUAAACUCCCCAAAAGUACGCAGGCAUUUCAGUGCGAAUAAAACGUAUUUCUCUGUCCUUUCGGGAUGAAUUGUUUCCUCUCCAGCAUGGAUUUUUGCAGUAGUUUGCUGUUGUGGUAGACCGCCCCGCUGCUCAGUCUGAGCAUGUGAUGUGCUUUAAAUCCCCAGAUUAUAAACUUCGCAACAACAAUGGACUUUUUCUCUUGGAUCCUCGGAAACAAUGUGUUGACGCGCUACUGGGAGAGGGAGAGCUCACUGACCAAAGUCAAAACACCGUGACAGAACAAAGGGCAUUAAAACAGUGCUGUCCCCCUCUACACACUUUUAACAAAUUAAACAGCCUUUUUAUAAUGUUAGAAGUGUACAAAUACGUACAGCUUUAAUUUAUAGGCAUACUCCAAAAGAAAAACAGACCUUAAAAAAGAUCUCCUAUAGACUUUAUGUUUAUUAUUAUAUCUUUGUUCAACAAGGACCGUGCAUAAAAAUACAAUAAUCUCAAGAAGGUAAGAGAUGCUAUAUGCCAGAUUAUAGCCAAAAGUUAAUUUCCAUCAAUCCCUGCAGGUACACAAUCAACCAACAUUAAAACAUUUCCUGAUCAGAUCAAAAUACAGGUCCAAAAUAUCAAUAUUAAUACAUUUAUUUCCUGGGCUCAAAGAUUAGCCUACUUCUUAUUAUGUGAUGUCACCUCCUGAUAAAGCGAUUAAAGGAUUUAUGAGCUCAUUUCAACAAGGGCCAAUUAAUUGCCUGUUCAUACAAACACUCGAAUAAUUGACAUUAACUUCAUAAAUCAAAUGUGACUCAAAGUCCAGAUAGUCCUUUAGUUUUUCCUCUGCAAGAUGAGAGUGUGGCAGGUGUGCAUUACAGCUAACUUCUGAGGAAUUUGAAGCAGCAGGGCCACCUUAGCUAACCCUCUCCUUUGCAGAAUACCCCUUUUCUUCCUCCUGCAGCUCCUCGGACUCUCUGAAUCUAAUUAUCUUUUCAACAGUUGCCACGGAAACAAGCACAAUUUAUCAUGGAGAUGCAUUUUUUACCCCUUGCAUCUACUUAUUUGACAAAAAACAGCAAUCACCUUUGCUUUCAUUUGUACAUGUCAACCUUGUGAAAUGUACUUGUCCAGCAUCUGCCUAAUUUCAUAGAAUUGAUAUUUAAAAUUAACUCCAUUUUCACUUCACAUACCGCUGCUGGACCGCAAACACCUUAAAGUCUGUGACCUGUGUUACAGAGGCCUUAUUGUUCUGUUAAAGUUGGGGUUUGGUGGAGCACCAUGGGGGAGGGUUAGAAAAGGUGUAGCCAUUAUUCUGUUGAGAUGUAGAUAAGACUGUAGCUAUAAAGGUACACAAUGUGAACAAUUGCUCUCACACAUGUACACUGACCAUGGAGGCUAUUUCUGAAUUCGACAGCCUCACCACAUGCUCUGAAAAGGACCGUGGCUGAUCUUGUCGAAAGCAGAAGUGAGAAGUUUCAGGAAAAUGAAAAAAAAUGGACUUGACAAAGAAAGUUCUCAAAGGCACCUUUACAUCUCUCUACUUUAGGGCCCUUGUAUGUAUGAUUAAUUUUAAGUAACUGUUUGUAUUCCUUCCUUCAGCUUAAUGGAGCUCUGUUUAGAGUAAAUGUAUGAAGAUACAUGCGUAAACAGCACACUGAGGAAAGGUAUAAUUUUCCCUAAGCUGCUGCUGAUUAUUGCUGUAUUUACAGAUGUGGGUUGGCACUAUUCCCUGUUGGAUGGACGGGGCCCACACAGGUGAAUCCUGGAGGUAAAGGCUGCAGCAGUCUGUGGGGAUGUUGCUAAGUAUUGCAUCAUGAUGCUCAGUUUAGGUUACCUCUCGGGAAAGUGUGUAUGCUUGCGCUUACGUUAGCUCUACAUGUAUACUAUAUGUCUCAGCGUGUUUUCACUGUGCGUGUGAGAGAGUUGUUAUCCACACUUAAACAGAUGAUCUGUAUUAGCACAUUUGUCACUUUAUUAUUUUUAGGAGCACAUUGUGUCGCAUCCCAAAAAUAGUCAAUAAUGCAGCUCAUGCAGUGAUUCAGUUAUUAAUAUGUCUAUUAAGCUGACAGUGUGUCUGUUUUCCAAUAAUGUCUUGGCGCGUAAUUGUCUUAGCUUUGUUUGAGCGUUUUAUUUCUCCUUUUUUGGAGUCCCCCCACUGAAUUUAAUUAGCUGUACACAGGAAAAGCUAAUAAACACAUAUAACAGCAGGUGGAUUAUGCAGCAGUUAGGGCACAUAGCACUGUUGUACAGGCUACCAGAAAUAUGGUAGCCUGUACAGCAGUUGUGUUGCCUUAUAUGCUCCCUCCUCUUUGAAGCUCAUGUUAAAUGUUUGCAGAGACGUCGGUCGUUGAUUGAACAAAUGUUUGCUUAUUUUGGAGCUGUAACUUGUGGUGAUGUUGUAAUGAAUUAUAGUCUUAGUGUUACUGUGAUGUCGCCUGCCUUUAAGGCCUGUAUCUUCAGAGGUGGCUAAAUCACAUAUUAGUUUCAGAUUAGAGCUUUAGUUGUGUUCAGUUUGUUUACCAAAAGAGAUUAAGAAUCAAUGCUUUGGGGGAUGCUGUCAAUUCUUUCAGGACUUCUACUUAUGUGCACCAUGUUCAUUCACAUACAGCAAGCAUGUCAAUGAGCAUAGCCUCUACCUGAGUCCAUUCUCUUUCAUCUGCAGACACUAUCAUUCUAUAGGCUUCAUCCUUCAAUCAUCAACACACUUAAACCAUCUGAAGAGAAACAAUAUUCCUCUUGAAUUGACCAUUGUUGCCUGGUUGCUUUUGAAUAAGGAAAUUGUGACACAAGAGACUUCUAAAUAAUUUCUUAGGAUUGAUUAUACUUAAGAUGUUUUGAAGCUUUAUUAGAACAUCAACUAUGUCAGCUAGUGGUUUCCAAAACGCGGUCAUGAGCGAGCUUCUGUUGCCAUCAGCCAGUUAUAUUUUAUUGCACAUUUCUAUUAUUCAUGUGAUGUCAAACUAUUUUACUGUACUUGGUUUUGCAGACAUUUAAACAUAAGGAAAUAAUGUGGUUUUUUUGUUUACACCAGAAAAAGAAAUAUAUGCAAAUCCCUUAUCACAAAACAACAGGACUUUCCACCGGUGCCUGCUUUCAGAAUCCAAAUCCGUAUAUCUUUGUCGUCAUCAUACAAUAUAAUGACAUUUCUUUGGCAUCUUGUUAAAAAUAGACACAAUUAAAUAAGUUAAAGCAGUGAUAAAAGUAGAUGAUGCAAUGCAAUACAAUUAACUGUAAAUGUACAUAUUUACACAUUUUACAUACUAUAAUAUUGAAAUGUGCAAAACUACAACAACGUGGAUAUAACUGUGUGUUCAUAAGUAGUUGCAAAAAUUAACCAAAGAUGCUAACAAAAUAGCAAUAAAUAUUUGUGGUCACCUCUCCACCAUCCAGUGAUGAAAUUAUUAUUCUCAAACUUGUAUAAGAGCCUCACUGGUACACAAUCUUAACAAAUGGUUAGUCUCUGCUCUGUAAAGCGGAUAUUUUCCGUAGCUUUAUAAAACCCGGAGUGUAUGUAUGUAAGUGUAACUUCUGCUGUGAACACGCUGACACCCUGCACUGAGUGCUGGUGCUUCUGGAGGACAGGGGGGUGGAGGAGUGUCCAAUGGCGGGCUGAGGAGGCGGAGGAGGCGGGGUGAGAUGACAGCGAGAGGCGGGCUGCAGCAGCCAGCUGUUGGAGAGCAGCUGAACCAUCGCUACUACUGCACCAGGUGAUCUUAUCUCUGCCUCAACGCAAGACCACAACACAAGACAAGACUUCGAUUAGACAUUCUCAUUAUUUGCGACUUUUUCUUUUUGUUUUGUCUCGAGCCAGAGGGUGAAACUCCGAAGUGAACAAGAGGAGAUCGAUAGCAGGUGUCAGCAGAACGGCAGAAAAAUGGGAAGAAAGAAAAUACAAAUUUCUCGUAUUCUGGACCAGAGAAAUAGACAGGUGACUUUCACCAAGCGUAAGUUCGGUCUAAUGAAGAAGGCGUACGAGCUGAGCGUGCUGUGUGACUGUGAGAUCGCCCUGAUUAUCUUCAACAGCACCAACCGUCUGUUCCAGUACGCCAGCACAGACAUGGACAAAGUGCUUCUCAAGUACACCGAGUACAGCGAGCCGCACGAGAGUCGCACCAACACGGACAUACUGGAGGUACUGUGCAUGCUGCUACUAAAGGAAAUAAUGACUUUGCGCAGGAAAGGCCUCGGCCUCGAAGGGUCAGAGCUGGAGAGUGAAGAGAGCAUGCAGGUGGCUGCAGACAAAUAUCCUCUCAGCGAGGGCAUGGAUCUCUCUGUGGCUCGCCAACGCUUCUAUGCUCCGUCGCUCCUCUCACCUGAGGCCCAGUUUCUGGUGUCUGCAGGCUGUGAGAACGGCUUUCCUAACUCCUCUGGAUCCAGCAUGGCGUCCCACAGACCCUCUGGCUUUAAAUCGCUGGGCUGCCGACCGGGCGCUUCCAGUCCUGUUGUGCCACACGCACACACUGCAUUCAUGUCUCCACACUCAGGUAUCGGCUACUCCGUGUUCUCCCAUGGUAACCUGAAUCGAGCUCUGGACAUGAAAAGCCCUCCUCCUCUGAACAUAGGCAGUGACAACUUACGGGGGGAUGCUGCUAACAUGGGCCUGGGGGCCACAAGAGCUAACCACAACUCUACUAGGGGAGUCUUGUACCAGGGCCUGCACAGUGGCAACUCAAUGGUAGCCAUGGGCAAAGCAGGCCUGCUGGGUCACAGUUUGGGAGGGUAUGGCCUCCCUUCUCCGGGGGUCUCUGAGUACAGCCAACCUGGUUUUUAUCACUCCGUCAGUCUACAACGAGGAUCAGUGAACCCCUGGCAGUCGCCUCAGGAGCCCCAUGGGCCCCAUAUACACCCAGGGAUGUCCAGUGGAGGGUGCUCCUUCCCCUCUCAGUCUUGCCCCUCAACCUCUCCACAUCAGCCCUCCCUCAACCUCAGCAUCAAGUUGGAGCGUAGCUCUCCGGAGCACAUGUCCUCACCCACCUCCCCUCCUCUGCACCACCUCAGGCAGCACUCUCCAAUCAGCAACCCCGAUUCAGCUUGCCAAACCCCUCCAGAAGCCCGCCCGGCCAAUGAAACAAAGGAGUUUCCCAAAGUCGGAUACCCACAAGAUGGGGAGGAAGAAGGGCAGCCACACAGGCAGUUAGAGAUAAGUGAUGGGUGGCAGAGAUAGCUAGCUGCUGUCUAACACCAUCUCCCAUUCAAUCAGCU